CGCCACGCGCAGCACUUCCAUCGUCGGCGCUUCUUCCAGGUUAGGCUCACGUGAGUUCGCGCGUCAGCUGCGGAUCUCGGGUGGGCAAGCACGAGUGAGGUCCGGACCUUACUUGACGGAUCUGGAGGAAAUUUCGGGUGCCGAGGAUCGAAUCCGCGGCCUGAGCGGUUGGUUGGGGUAAACAUGGUGAAGCUGACGAUGUUGGCGAGGGUGGCGGACGGCUUGCCCCUCGCGGAGGGUCUGGACAGCGAAAGGCAGCAGGAUCUCGAGCAGUACAAGCAGCAGGCGAAGACGCUGUUCAAGAAGCUGUCGCAGGGACCGCCCCCGCCCUCGCGGAUGAGCUACGAGAGCGGGGCGUUCUUCCUGCACUACCUCAUCGAGGACGGCGUGUGCUACCUCACGCUCUGCGACCGGGGUUAUCCGAAGAAACUCGCGUAUCAGUACCUCGAGGACCUGUGCAAGGAGUUCGCGGCAGCGAACGGCGGGCAGGUUGAGACGGUGGCGAGGCCGUACGCGUUCAUCAAGUUCGACACUGUGAUACAACGGACGAAGAAGCUGUACCAGGACACGCGCACGCAGCGUAACCUGAACAAGCUCAACGAGGACCUGCACGACAUACAGAGCGUGAUGACACGCAACAUCAACGACAUCCUCGGGCAGGGCGAGAAGCUGGACCACGUGUCCAACAUGUCGCAGAACCUGGCGAGUGAGACCCGAAAGUACAGCGCCAAGGCCAAGGACCUCGCGUUCCAGGCGCUCAUCCAAAAGUACAUGCCCCUGAUCGUCGUCGGUGGAUUCCUGUUCAUGUUCCUCUUCAUCAGGUAUUACGUGUUCGGGAGGUGAGGACACGAGACGCGGGUGUCGCACGUCCCAGUCCGCGGCGCCGAGGAGUGAUAUUAAACUUGUAAAAGA